UUCGGGGUAUUGAGCUGAUCAGCUGAACAGAACUGCCCCCAAGACUUGUGGAGUUGUAGCGAAGCUGCAAGAGUGACGCGGCGGCGGCGAUGGACGGCGGCGGGGUCGAGGCGGCGAUGGACGGCGGCGGGGUCGAGGCGGCGACGACGGCGGCGUGGAUGGCGCGGCACCGGGGGAUGUACGAGCGGGCCACGAGGCACCCGUUCACCGUCUCCAUCCGCGACGGCACCGUCGACCUGUCCGCCUUCAGACGCUGGCUGGGCCAGGACUACAUGUUUGUGAAGGAAUUUGUUGCGUUUCUAGCUAGUGUACUGCUCAAGUGUUGCAGACAGUCAGAUGGCUCGGACAUGGAAAUAAUACUCGGUGGCUUAGCUUCCCUUAGUGAUGAGCUCUCUUGGUUCAAGAAGGAAGCUGAAAAAUGGAGUGUUAAUCUAGCUGAAGUUUCUCCUCUGAAAUCCAAUACAGAAUACUGCAGGUUUCUCCAAAGCUUCAGCGAGCCAGAGAUCAGCUACGUUGUUGCCAUAACUACCUUUUGGAUAAUUGAAACCGUGUACCAGGAUAGCUUUGCUUUCUGUAUAGAAGAAGGCAACAAGACGCCACCUGAACUCCUGGGGACCUGCCAGAGAUGGGGAAGCCCUGAGUUCAAGCAGUACUGCCAGUCUCUGCAGAGAAUUGCAGAUCGCUGCCUCGCAGAAGCGUCAGCUGAUGCUGCGAGGAGUGCUGAAGAGGCCUUCCUUCGGGUGCUUGAGCUGGAAAUUGGUUUCUGGGACAUGAGCUCUUCUCGAUCAUGAACGGCAACAGCAUCUCGAUCAUGAACUACUUGGGAGAAAUAAUCGAAUAAUGGUGCAGCCGGUUCCAUACCGAACCCUGCAGUGUACUACUGUGUUUUCCUCUUCCUUUUAUCCCCAUUUCUCUCCUUACUCCCAUGAACAUUGAUGUAUCAUCGUAACUAUGAAAUAAAUGAAAUAAUGCCGUUUCCUCCUAAUCAAAAUCA